AGUAGAUCAAGAGUGACUCUUUUUCGUCAUUUUUCGCGUAUUCCAUCUCUUUUAAUAUAUAUAAUUUACAGUCGCCCUUUUUUUCUUCUUUAUUUAUCCUCUACACCCAACAGUUGAAUUAACAUUAUGAGAAUCUACACCAAGACCGGUGACAAAGGCACGUCAAGCUUGUACAAUGGCGAACGUCGCGACAAGGACGACUUGGUCUUUGAAGCUCUUGGCACCACGGACGAACUCACUUCGAAUCUGGGUCUCGCCUUGGAGUUCUGUGAAGAACAAAACAAUGUCCCAGCUCUUUGUGAGCAGAUCUUGUGGAUCCAAUGUAUGAUGCAAGAUAUUGGAGCCAACAUUGCCACACCUCGUGAGAAUUCCAACGAGAGAAAGCUGGCCAAGACCGUGUUUGACGAGGAGGGAAAGGAGGUCGCCAAGCUCGAACAAUACAUUGAUGCCAUGACCGCCGAACUGCCUCGUUUGACCCAGUUUAUCUUGCCCUCGGGUGGCCGUGCCAGCGCCACGCUGCAUGUUGCUAGAGGUAUUAGUCGCCGCGCAGAACGUCGGGUCUCGCCCUUGGUACGCGAGAACAUGGUUGAUAACAGCGUGGGCAUCUUUAUGAACAGAUUGAGUGAUUAUUUGUUUACUGCUGCGCGCUAUGCAUCGAUGAAGGCAGAAAAGCCAGAAAAGAUUUACAAGUAAUCAUGUAGCAUUACCGACACAUAGUGAUAAUAACAUCAGUUGGCCCCACACGACCUAUCAAAUCAGCCAACCAUCAUCCCCCUUUUCCCUCUUGCGCUCCUUAGAGUUCU